GAGCUCGUUUGCAUGUUAUAUUUUUCACACGGUGGACGGUUGGACAAUAUUUGGUCGGCUUUUAUCAAAGAUUAUAUUAUUACAGAACCUUCGACUCCGUUUGUCGAUCUGAAUUCUCCGAUUUUUUCCACCAUUUCCUCCCUCCUUCGGUGGAAAUUCAAAUCGGAGGUUCACCGCCGCGUUCAAAUCCAAAUACAUUUCUCGAUCUCAUCUCCUCCUUCAACCAGGGAUCAAACCAUAAUCAUUAAAACUCUUGUGAUCGGAGAGAAGAUGGUGGAGAGAACGAUGAGUUUAGGGAUCGGACCCAACGGAGAAUCCUCAGGCGUAAGAGAAACCAUGUGGGCGCAGCAAGAGCUUCUCCAGAAAAUCAACCAAGAGCUCGACGCUGAACGCGAAGCCUCCUCCUCCGCUGCUUCCGAGGCCUUGUCGAUGAUUCUUCGUCUUCAAGGGGAGAAAGCAGCGUUGGAGAUGGAGGCUAGUCAGUACAAGAGAAUGGCCGAGGAGAAGAUGUGCCACGCAGAGACCUCUCUGGCUGUCUUUGAAGAUCUGAUUUACCAGAAGGAAAUGGAGAUCGCGUCUCUCGAGUUUCAGGUUCAGGCUUAUCGUUGCAAACUUCUCAGCCUCGGUUGCUCGGAUCCCGCCGUGAUAGAGAACAGGUUCCCGGAGAAUCUCAUCUUCUUUGGGGACACCUCUAGUCUCAACCAAAAGAAGAAGAUGAAACGAAACCUAUCGAGCCCAUUUGAUGGCAUGACAAGUGAAAGAAGACUACUCUUGUCUGAUAACGAAGGCUUUGAGGAGAAGAAAAGUCUCGAGAGUUCUUUAUCUCCACGUGAAGACUUGAGCACUUAUUGGGAACAGAUCAGGAAAAUAGACGACCAUGUCCGAGAGAUUUCAGAGUCGAGAGACGUUCCCAAGGAAUCCAAAUGGCCUUUGAUCAAGCGUGAGUCUGUGUCGCAUGCGUUGGUGUCACAGGUCAGCAAUACUAUCCUCGAGUCAGCCAAGAGCGAUGUGAAUACGAUAAUGGAGAUGAUGAAGAACCCUGAUCAUAAAGUCUCUGCCAAAGAUGAGUCUCCGAAUGUUCAGGACAUCUUUGAGGUUCCAAGGACGAAGGAUAGCCUUUUUAUCAUAUCCGAAGAAGAGGAAAAUGAAGAAAGAAAUGGCAGAGGUAAGUUGUUGAGUAAGCCGCCAAGAGAUACGAGCAUCAAGGCAGAACAUAUGAGUUUGCUUAAGGAGAUUCGAGAACAGCUCAAUGGAAUGCAGUCAGAGAUGAGAAGCUUAAGAUCAGAACUGCAUCUUACUCAACCUGUGUCCUCCCAUCGCGAGGAGGAUGGAGUCCUUAACUCAAUUCAAGAGGCCAUGAUUCACUUCUGGCUUUAGAAGCUACAAUAUGCGUGGCGGCGUGGUUCUAGUUUCCCAUUCUAAGUUACUUAACAUUCCAAGAGUGUAACUGAAGGGAUGUAAAAAGAAACUGAUUAUUGAGAAUAUAAUCAGUUUGUAUGUAAAAAACCAUUGUCAUUGUUGAGGACACGUUCUUACAAUAUAAGAACAAAAAUAUUAAAUCUUAAA